UUGAACCCAUGACCUCCGACUCCAAAGCCCGGACUCUUUCCACUGAUCCUCGCCGCUUCUCUGACAGGAUUUAUGUACACAUGCCUGGACAUCGAGUUCACCGGUUUACGAUCCAGUUCCUCCCCAGGCCAGCGGCCCAGCCUCUUCGAUUCGCCAGCGGAGUGGUACGCGAAGAUGCGACCGAAUAUUCGUCUGUUCACCGUGUGCCAGAUUGGUCUGUCCGUAUUUGUUAGCAGAGAAGAAGAUUCGAACAAGUAUGAGGCCCAUUCAUAUAACUUCUUCCUCUUCCCUGCCACAUUUGGGAUCCUGGACUCUCAGAUCUCCUUUCAGGCUUCUAGUGUUGAGUUCCUGAAUCACUAUGGCUUUGACUACAAUAAGUUUCUCAAGGACGGCAUCCCGUAUUUGAAUGAGGAGCAGGAGAAGAGAGUUAAGCAGGCCCUCCUCUCCGGGAACUGGAAAGUUCGGAGAAACGUGGACAAAGACCAACUGAAGGCGGUGAUCGGUGAGGUGACCCGGUGGUCGGCGCUCGCAAGAGAUGGGGAUCGGAUGGCCCUUCGCGGAAUAACCGGGUUCCAGAUCUUCAGCAUCCAGCUGGUUUUGAGGCAAGCCCUCCCUGACGUUUGGACGUUCCCGAAAGACCGGGAGAUAGUGGUUCAGAAAGUGAGCCGGGAGCAUCGCUGGUGCCUGGAAAACUCUGCUCAGGAUUCCUGCCGAAAGGAGUUGGUCCUCCUCUCCGCGAGGGGCUUCUCCGUCCUCUUCCAGAUGCUCGUGGAAGCCGGGAAGCCGUUAGUGGGCCAUAACAUGCUGAUGGAUCUCCUGUUCCUCCACGAAAAGUUCUACAAACCCCUUCCAGAGAGCUACGAGCGGUUUAAACAGAACAUCCACGGCCUGUUUCCGGUCCUCAUAGACACCAAGAACGUGACCAACGCGAUCUGGAAGGAGCUAAACUUUCCUCGAGCUUCAAAUCUGUUCGAGGCUUAUGAAACCCUCAGCAGCGACUUGAAUCCCACCAGCGGGUCCGGUCCGGAAAUCACCCACGCCAGCGAGUGCCUCAAAUAUGUGGAUUCCAAGUAUCCUCACGAAGCGGCAUAUGACGCCUUCCUCUGUGGCUCAGUUUGUCUGAAGGUGGCUCAUUUGCUGCUCCACAGAGAAGCAGGGAACGAGGCAAGGCCUGAGCCCUCUUUCCCCGCUUACCUUGACGUGCUGACUCCCUACCUGAAUCAGGUGAACCUCAUCCGAGGUGGCGUCUCCAAAAUUAAUUUCUCCGGGCUGGACGGCCCCGGGAACCGGCCUCCCGUCCUGAUCGUCAGAGUCCAGCGGUGGCCCGGGGUGGACGAAGAGCAGAUCUACCACGAGUUCAAGAGCUGCUGCGCGUUCGACGUCCGCAGGCUAGGCCGCGACCGGUUCCUCCUGAUGACCAACAAGUUUAAGAACGUCGGGAUCGUCUUGAAGAACUACAGGCAUCACCCCGAUCUGCGGGUGGGCCUCUACCGAUACUGGAGACACUCACCGCUCGUCGACUGCACGCUCCAGAUUUGUGGGAUUGUCACCGCUUGGGCCCUCGUUGCCUUUAUUCUGGGAAGAUCUCCGCGGGCGUCCUAGGGCCACGGGUUCUGGAAGAUUCUCUCCCUCCGUUUUGGGAAUUGCCCGCUGCGCUCAGACAAGCUUGAACAGUGUGAAAACACGUCUGACCGAACGUCUUCGCAAAGAAGGAAGGAAAAUAUCAGCCCGUUGUCUUCUCUUCCUUGGCCCCGACUCCUUAAUUCCCUUAACUUUCUUUUGCGCUGUUGUGCCAGGGUAGCGUUGCGUUGGUAGUGGCUUGUGUGUGUUACGCGACCAACGUGAGUCUUCUUACUGAGAGAAGAUGAAGUAAAGAAAAGGUAGAGGGCAGUCCUGGUUUGGUUUUGUUAAAGGUUUUCCUGAACGGAUUUAAUAA